CUCUAUGGCCGCUGCGCGCCGCCUCCAAUGGCAGGCCGGGCCCCGCCCCGCCCUGAUCAGCUGAGGGUGGCAAUGUCUGUUGACAGGAGCCGCCUCGGCCGCGGGACUGGGCAUGUGAAGGCAAAUGGAGCGCUCGGAAGGAGGCGAGCAGAGCGGGCGGCGGCAGCAGCCUUGGGGGAGGCUGACCCGGCUGGGUGCUGAGGAGGCAGAGCCGCACGUCCUGCUGCUGAAGAGAGAGUGGACCAUUGGCAGGAAGAAAGGUUGUGACUUAUCUUUCCCUGGCAACAAGCUGGUGUCUGGAGAUCACUGUAAAAUCAUAGUGGAUGAAGAGUCUGGUCAAGUGUCAUUGGAAGAUACAAGUACUAAUGGAACAGUAAUUAAUAAACUGAAAGUGGUUAAGAAGCAGACUUACCCUUUACAAACUGGAGAUGUGAUCUAUGUUGUUUACAGAAAAAAUGAGCCAGAGAACAACGUUGCUUAUCUUUAUGAAUCCUUAAACGCAAAACAUGAUGCAACUCAAGAACCAGUAGCUGUAGAAGCUAAUGUAGAAAACCAAUGCCAUGUGACCAAAGAUACCUCAAGUACAGGAAGAAGUAACGAUGAGAACCAAAUUACCUCAUCACCAUCAGCUACUCAGUCUUGCUAUGAGGAACCACAGCCAUCUACUUCUACAUCUAACCUCUUUAAUGCUUCUUCUACCUCUCUUAUUGAGUCUGCAUCUGUUGAACAGGAUAAUCCUUCUACAUCUGGAUCACAAUCCUCACUCUUCACUCCUGUGCCUGCUUUGCCCACCUUAGAAUCUGUGUGUCUAAGAGCACUUCAUGAUGAACAUGAAAAGCUGGAUGUGAAUGCUGAAACUUCUGCAAUCACUUCAGAAAUCAGUGACAAAGAAAACGCAGAAUUGGGUUCUCAGAGGACAGAGGAGGAAGAAGUUUUGGAACCUGCUAAAAAGAAACUAAAAGGAGAUGAAGGUGCUUGUCCAAAUCUUCCAACAGCAGCUCCAAGUGAAUGUAUAAUUAAAAUUGGCUCUGAAGAUGCCAAAACAUCAAAUGUGAAACCAGAUAAGAUGGAGGAAACAUUAACCUGUAUUAUCUGCCAAGAAUUGCUGCAUGACUGCGUGAGCUUGCAACCUUGUAUGCAUACUUUCUGUGCUGCCUGCUACUCAGGAUGGAUGGAAAGGUCUUCUCUGUGUCCAACUUGUCGUUGUCCGGUAGAACGUAUCUGUAAAAAUCACAUAUUGAACAACUUGGUUGAAGCUUAUCUGAUUCAGCAUCCAGAUAAAUGUCGUAAUGAAGAUGAUGUACGUAGCAUGGAUGCCAGAAACAAAAUUACUCAAGACAUGUUGCAACCUAAAGUGCGGAGGUCUUUCUCAGAUGAGGAGGGAAGUUCAGAAGAUUUGCUGGAAUUGUCAGAUGUAGAUAGUGAGUCUUCAGAUAUCAGUCAGCCAUACAUAGUAUGCAGGCAGUGCCCAGGGUAUCGAAGGCACUCUGUUGCAGCUCUGCCUGGCACGGGCCAGGAGACAGAAGCAGGAGGAAUGCAAGCACUGGGAGAUGCCCCCUCCACAUCUGCCAACUUUCCUGCAGCUGUUCAGGAGUAUGUGUGUCCUGCUCAAGGAAGUCAUGUAAUAUGCACCUGCUGCUUUCAGCCAAUGCCUGACCGAAGAGCAGAGCGUGAACAGAACCCUCAUGUUGCUCCUCAGCAAUGUACUGUUUGUCUGCAACCCUUCUGUCACUUAUACUGGGGCUGCACUCGGAUGGCGUGUUUUGGCUGUUUGGCACCAUUCUGUGAAAUAAACCUUGGUGACAAGUGUUUAGAUGGAGUCCUAAAUAACAACCACUAUGAGUCAGAUAUCCUAAAGGAUUACCUGGCAUCCAGGGGUUUGACGUGGAAGAAUAUGUUAAAUGAAAGUCUGUUAGCUCUUCAGAGAGGAGUUUUUAUGCUGUCAGAUUACAGAAUUACUGGGAACACAGUGCUUUGCUACUGUUGUGGCCUCCGCAGCUUUCGAGAACUUGCCUACCAGUACAGGCAAAAUAUUCCUGUUGCUGAACUGCCAGUGACUGUCACAUCACGUCCUGAUUGCUACUGGGGGCGCAACUGCCGAACUCAGGUCAAAGCACAUCAUGCCAUGAAAUUCAAUCACAUUUGUGAACAAACGCGAUUCAAGAACUGAAUACUUGUAGUCUGUAGUGAGGGGACACAAGCUUGUCAUACUGCUUGUACAGUUUAAGGUUUCAGGGGAUCUUCUCAUUUCUCCCGUAGCAGGGAACCAAUAACUUCUGCAUCAGGUAAUCUGAAAUGAACUUCUGAAUUUGUAGAAUUUGACAACUGUAAACGAAUGAGGUAGGUUGUUUUUUCCAAGAAAGUCCAGCAAGCGUUGCGUUCCAUUCUCAUGACUACAACGUCCCUGUGUCACUUCACUGAAGAACACAAGCAGAAAUCACUCACACAGAAACCAGCCAUAUCUUGGGAAGGCCUAAGAAUAAGGAGUGUAUUUGCACUACUUGUGAAGAAACUAAGAAUAAUCCUUAAACUUAAAAAAUAGAAAUGUUUUGUAUAAGUAUCUGAAGAUUAUUUCGAGAGCCAUUAAUAUUUAAGAAGGAAAUUGUCAGUGUAUAUUUGUAACUGCAUUUUGCGGUGCUCUGCUAUUUUGUCACUACUCACGGCCUUUGGACUAGAAAUACAUGAACCUUCACUGAAAAAAAGAAAUCCAUCCAUGCAACAACUGUUUUAGCUUAAAGCUUGUACCAUAUGUGCAGUGUUAUGGUGGAAGUAGUACAGUUUCUUAUCUUAGUUUUGUCAUAUUGAUGGGUUUUAUUCACAUUAAAUUACAAAAAGGAAUUGCACAAAAAUUUGAAAAUUGCAUUUAAAAUUGGGGUAAUACUUGAAGCAGAACAGCCUUCUGCUAAUAUUACUUCUGUAGUAUUUUAUAUCAGAAGACCAAACAGUGCUUUUGACAUAGAGCAGCAGCCAGUAGGACACACUGGUUCAUUUUUUGUAUUUCCUUUGAUAUUGUAUGCUAAGUAUGUACCUCUGCCAUGCAGCUGUUCUCUAGCAUGCAUACACUGGUGAAAAUGUAGAAAAGGCUAUAAUUUAAAACAGAAUAUAGCAGCUUUACUGGAGAAAGCAAUCUUUCAGAAAGCAAUUGACAGAUUGUAGCAAUAUGGAGGCAUUUCUAGCUUGGGGUAAGAAUGAUGAAGGGGGACGCUGGUAUUGCUGUCAUCAACAACAUAGCUUUUAUUUUCACACCUUUUGGAGAGCUUGUUCCAGAAACAUCCCAUGCAUCACUUCAAAAAAUAUCCCAACGCUAUUCCUCCCCCCCUCCACUUCCUGCCAGUUAAUAUGAUUUAAUCUAUCUCAAAGUAACUUGGUAGUUAAUGUUCACAAAGCUCUACUGGGACCAAUUUCUCUCUUUCAUCAUACUUAGACUGAAACAGAAUGAGAAGAAAGCAUACCACGUUACCUCUGUAGAUACCACGUUGUUUUUAAGUAUGCCUUAUUUUGUCAGUAGGAUUUAUACUUCAAUAUUAAAGCGUACACAGCUGUCUUGUGACAUAAUGGAGCACAAAUGAUGCAGCACAUCUACUGGCGUCAGUGAGUUAAACGAUCUGCAGUAACGCACACCUUCAUGUGAAUGCUAAUUAAAAUUAUGCAUUUGUGUUUA